ACAAAGAGAAAGCCGCGGAAGGCACGAGGUUGGAACUCGUCGGUGCGCGAACUGGAAACCGUCGGAAUUAUACCUUCGUCAGCACCAUGGUUAAGAAGGCGACGAUUUUCAUGAAGUUCGUGAAUGGACAAGUUUCAAGAGGCUACUGCGUGAAUCGGAUUACGCUCACAAAUAGAGAAGUCAUCGCCAAACGAAAUGCUCUAUUCAGUGAGGAACAGGAGAGACAAGCCGCCUUGGUGCGUCGUGUCGAGAAGAUUCGCGUCAAAUACACAGGAAUCCCGAAGGAAUGUACAAUGGUGAUGAACAAAUCAAUCUCAACGCCCGCAGAUUGCUUGAGACAUCUGCCCGAACGGAUGCUACAGCUCUCGGUCCUCGCGUACGUCAACGGCGAACCGUGGGAUAUGUCGAAGCCGCUCGAAGAGGAUUGCGAAUUGAAUUUCGCUCACUUCAAGGACUUCGACCCAAGGAAGUUGCUGACCGUGAACAAAGCCUUUUGGAGAUCUUGCAGUUACUUGUUGGGUUUCGCUAUCGAACGUUCCUUCAAAGAAGAUCACAGAGUCUUGCUCCAUUCUUGGCCAGCUCCGCAGAUCAAGAGUGGAUCAUUCGUGUACGAUGCCGUACUGCCCUUGGAGAACUGGGAACCGAAUGAUAGAGAGUUACGCGCCCUCGGGAACCCAGUGCGUAAACUGCAACCGGAAAAAGCGAGCUUCGAAAGGCUUGAGGUCGAGCCUGCGCUUGCGAAGGAGAUUUUUGAGGACAACCCUUACAAGCACUCAGUGGUCGACAGUUUCGCGGAAUCUACAGAAAACAAAAAAGUGAUUCUAUACCGGUGUAAAGAUCACGUCGACAUAAGUCGGGGGCCUAUGAUCGGCAAUACGGGAUUCAUCCGAGACUUCGGUGUCGCUUCGGUUCAUGCCUUCGAGACGGGAAUUGGGCUCGUGUACCGAUUCCAAGGCAUUGCCUACCCCAGCGCCUUCACGAUGAGUCCUUUCGCCCUAGGUGUCUUGAGAGAUAGAGCGAAAAUCAUGAACACAACUGGUCUACCAAACGAGUUGAACCGUGCUCCGGGCGAUUCGAAAUCUGAGUCAACAACGGAAGCUGAAGUUCCCGAUACCGAUGACGAAAACGAACAGACGACACAAGCUCAUAAAGCCGCUCAAUGAGUCGGCGAAUUCUAGACUGGUGCUGUCAAUAGUUUGCGAAUGAUGAUAGAAUGUCAACGGAGAUGCACUAGGUACGUCACGGAAGCUUUGCAUAUACUU